AUGUUAAAAAUGUUUACCUGUGAUAAAAUUUCUUAAAUGAUUCCAAUAUUGGUCAUAGUUUUAAGGUUUGUACAUAGUUAGAGUUGUCCUUAUAAUGAAUAUGAAUAGGCAUUAAUACCUUUUGAAUCUCAAUAUGAAAGUAAUCAAUUUGAUUCUUUGGUUACUUUGGAUGUUGGGGAUUCAUUCGGUUUUGGUUUUUGGAGUCUUUGUAUUCCACAAUUAAGUUUGAAGAAUAUUCCUGAAGUGGAAUAAGAUUUUAUUUCAACAGAUGCUGAAUUAGGACAAUUAUUAUUUUUAGUGAAAGGAAGUACAAGCAAUUCCUUAUUAGGAUUUGUAUAAAUAGAUUUAGAAACUUUGUUAAUUAAGCAUAAAAUAAUUAUUUUAGGAAGUAACUAGAUAAGUUUAGAGUUUAGUUUUUAACCAAUAAAUUAUUAAGCUAAAUGGAUUCUGAGCUUCAUAACCUUUAAUUUCUUAGAUGGAAAUAUUGAAGUUGAUAUGACAGAUUAAAUAAGACAGAGUGGAACAAUGAAUAUUGGAUAAGAUUAUGUUUAAAUAAUAUAAGGAGGAAGAGGCUAUGUAAUUUAUUUAUAAUUAUUAAGAUUGAAAAUUUAAAUCUUAAUGUAUUUAAAGGAAGAUUGUCUAAAAUAUUUAUUAAUAAGAUUGAUCAACUUGGUUAAGAUUUAUUUGAAUAUAUGACAAUUAAUUGUUAGAUUCCUUCUAUAAUUUAAGGUGAAUAAACAACUUAUUUUGUCAAAGGAUUAUAAAUUUUUGAAGGUGAUACAUCUCUCUAAUAUACAAUUAAUUAAUUUGGAAGUAAAUUUUGUCUUUCUGGAUGGGUUAAAUAUGAUAUUUCGAGAGUAAUUUAAUAUUCAAUCUAUCCAUUGAUUAGAGUAAGUCUUUUUAAAAAUUAUUUUCAUAAAUCAAACUUUGGAGAUGAAAUAUUUUUAAUGCAAGUUUGGUUUAGUAAAAGUGAACCUAUAUUUACUAAGAUUGUAAUCCUUCUAGAUUAUCAUAAAAUUCCAAUCAUGGGAUCUAUUGGUUAGGAAGAUAAUGAUUUAAUUAAAGUCAUUUAGGAAAUCAUACCGGAAUAUAAUUCUUAAUAUUUUAUUUAAGAACUAUAAUAAUGGCAUUUUGUAAAAUAUGAGUAUGGUUCUUCAAUCCCAGGAAAAAAAAGCUGCAUAAAUAUUAAAUUCUUUAAUGAAUUAAAUUUACUAGAAUUUUGUCGUGAUAUUAUUUAACCAACCAAUUCUCCUUUUUAUGUAAAUUUAGGAUCAGAUGAAUAUAUGAAAGAAUUACUUUAAGCAUCACUUUUUGAUUUUAAAUUUGAAUAUAAUUAUGUUGAAGAAAAAGUUCUACUUAAAAAUGGUAGCAUAAAUAUGUAUAUUUUUAGCAUGUCACUACACUUGUUUAACCUGUGAUGGACCACUUUAAAAUAAUUGUAUAAGUUGUGAAUAAAACACAAAUAGAUACCAUCUAGAUGAACAAAAGAAAUGCUAAUGUUUAUAUGGAUAUGUAGAGGUUUAAGAUGAGAAAGUCUGCUAAUAAUUUGAAUAUCAUUUUUCAUCUGUUGAGUAAUAAGAAUAAUAUCCUCUUGGGGAUUCAUUAUGUGAAUUUGGAUAUUUCAUUUUUUAAAAUGAAUACGAUUAAAAUGUUUGCAUAAAAUGGUAUUAAUAAAUUUAUUACUCUUAAGUCCAUAAUCUAAUUUCUUAGAUAUAUUGUGUGUUGAUUGUGUUUAUUAUCCAUUGACUUGGUAUUUAAAGCCAAUAUGUAAAUUCGACUUAGUAUCUAAGAAAUUAACAUAAACUGAUGCUUAUAAAUAUGAAAAAAGAGACAUUUAUGAUUAUGACUUUUAUUUGAUUGAUCAAAAUGGACAAUUAUUUCUUCAUUCAGGUUACUUAGACUAUUGUGAACCUGAAUAAGAUUCUAUAAAUUGUUUUCCAGCAAAAUAUCAACAUAUUGGAUAAACUAUAUAUGUGAAAUGCAAACCUAACUAUUAUUAAUUAAAUGGAGAUUGCAUUUUUACAAACAUAAAUUGUUUAUUGGCAUCUUCAGAUGGAAACUGUUAAAAAGUUAGAGAUGGUGUGUAUCUUCAUAAUGGUUAAUAUUAUUAAUGCCCUUUAACUUGUUUCUCCUGUAUUUUUGAUAAUAAUACAAAUACUCCAUAAUGUUUGUCUUGUAUCAAUCAUUAUGCAUUAGAUAAUGGAAGUUGUGUUCCUUGUGGAAAUUUUUGUAGUUUUUGUUAAAAAUUUAAUGAUCAAACUAUAAAUAAAUCCUAUUUAAAAUGUUUUAAAUGUUUAGAUGAUUCAAAAUAUUUUCUAUCCUUCGAUGGCAUAAAUUGUUUUGAAAAUACUAUUAAUCAUUGUGAAUAUGCCUUUUAAGCUGUAUACUAUGAUUACUAAAUAAAUACACUUGAUUUAUAUUUUACGCCAAGAGAUGAUUGGGAGAAUAUUGAUACAACUUGUGGUAGAUGUUAAUACGGAUAUGGAGUCAUUCUUAAUUCUUAUAUUUGCCUUGAAAUGAGAGAUGCUAAUUGCUACUUUUCAUAUGUUGAUUAUAUUUGUGACACCAUCUUUGAUGAGACUAUGUUAAAUAUAUUGGAUGAAAUGAAUUAUUAUAUAACGCCUAGUGGUGAAUUUAUUACUACUGGUUUUGAUGAUGAUGGUUCUAUAGUCUGUACAUCAUUACAAUAUUGUUUGAUUUCAUAAGAUUAUAUUCUAUCAGGAAUGUCCAAAAUAAAUUAAUUUAUGAGUCAAUGUCCUGGAUUCAUUGAAAAUUGUGCUACUUGUUUAAUAGAGAAGGUUAAUUGGAUAGCUUCUGUUAUUAUAUGUCUGGAAUGUAAAAGUGGAUAUUAUGCUGAUAGAAUUUCAGGUAAAUGUUAUGUGUGCCCUUCUGAAUUAAACUGUUAUAACUGUGCAUAAUAGUUAAAGAUUACUCAAGACUACUGGAAAAUCAAUAUUAGAGCUUUAUAUUAAGUUUUAAUUAAUUUUGAUAAUAAUCAUCCAUUUAAACUCUAUGCCUAAAGUGAGAAUAAAGAUGAUUAUGAAGUUAUAUGUACAAUGUGUAUCAAAGAAUAUGAAUUAGUUGAAUAAAAAUGUAUUAAAGAAUGUCCAGAAUCCUGUUUAGAGUGUUAAUUUAUUAAUGGUGAGAAUUAAUGUAUUAGGUGUGAACUAGAACAAUAAGGUAGAUAACUUAGCUUAUCUGAAAAUCAAUGUAUUACUUGCCCAUAAAAUUGUGCCUUAUGUAGAAUUAGAUCAGAUGAUGAGAUCUCAUCAAUUAAUCCUCUCUUUAAUAAUCAUUAAUAUAUGACUUCUACCUAUUAAUGUUUAUAGAGUUUUGAUGAUCAAGAUUACUAUUAUGAUUAAGAAUUAGGAACUUUUAUUCCAUGUUCUAAUACAAUUAGUUGUGAACAAUCUCUUAUAAUCCCAAUCAAUUUGUAUUGCUCAAAACUAGAAUUUACCUUAGCUUUAAAUUCUUUCUAAUCAACUUAUGAAUAAAAUUAAUUUAAAUUGAAAAAUAUACUUUUAGAAGAUCUUACUUCUGGAAAUAGCUUUAAAGAGGUAAUUAUUCAUUAAAUAAUCUAGUUUGAAACAAAUCAUUUUUAUUUAUCAGCCAAUUCAAAGCUAAUCAAAACGAUUAUUAUUAAUAUUCUUAGUGUUAAACCUUAAACUUGUAAAAUUUUUGGAAAUGCCACCAUUUAAUAAAUUUUUAGUGAAAAUAUAUUUUCUACUAUGUAAAUUUUAUACUUAGAUUAGAAAUGUUGAACUAAAUAUUUAAUUAAAUUAACAUACUAUUAUUGAGUUUGAGAGAACUAUCACAUUCUAGAAUUUCAAUAAAAUUACCAUCCAAGGUGCUUAAAUUAAUCCAUUAAGUAAUAAUAAAUUAAAAUAAAUAUUAUUUAUUAGUAAACUACCAUAAAUAAUUAUUUUAAAAUCUAUUCUAUAUUAGUAACUAAAUUAAGAAAAUGAUUAAUCUAAAAUGAUAUUUUAUGAUGUUAAAAAACUAGAUUUAAUGGAUUUCAAAAUAAUAGAUCUUAUUUAAAAUACCAUAAAUACAUUCAUUUUCAUUGCCGAUACUACUUACAAUAAAUAAAUAACACUUUCAUCUUUUUAAAUUCUUAAUUCCAAACUCCAAAAUUAGGUAACUCUUUUUUUCAAUCUUAACCAAAAUGAUAUCAUUUCAAUUAUUGAUGUAGUUAUUCAAGCACAAUUUUCUAAUUCAACUUUAAUAGAUACAAAGAUGACUAAAUAAUUUGGAUCCCUUGAAAUGAGCAACGUUGACUUUUAAAUAGAUGUACUUAAUUGUUUACACUUCUUAAAUCUUUUUCUUUUUAAAUAAGUGACUAUCUCUGGAAUAUAUUUUCAUAAUUCCUAGAUUUAGAGUUCAACUUUUGUUAUUUUGAAUAAUAAUAAUUAGAUUCAAGAUUUUAUUAUUAAAGAUUGUAAAUUCAGAGAAAGAAGCUAUGGAAUUGUAAAUUCUGAUUUGCUUUAAUUGGAAUAAUUACAAAUAGAAUUAUUGAAUCUAAUAAUACAGGAAAAUGAAUAUCAUUAAACAACCAAAUUACUAUAAUUCCAUAAAUACAAUAAUGUUAAUUCAAAAAUAAUGAUUAAAAAUAUUUUAAUCUCAAAUAAUUAUGUUUCAUCAAUCAGCGAAGAUUUUAAAUUAAAUACUUAAAGUUCUUGUAUAAUUUAUAUUUCUAUAGAUUAUAUUCUAAUUUAAGCACUUAAUAUAAUAAGAGGAAUUGGAUUGAUUGAUUUCAGUAUAGUUGAAGCUAAAUAGUUAAAAAUAACCUCUAGUAAGAUCACUUAAGGAGAUGAAUAUAAAUUUUUAGGACUUCAUUAAUAUCUUGAUUGUUAAUUAUAAUAAGUGAAGGGCGAAUAUUAUUUACAAUCUCUCUUUAUGACUUCAGUGCUUAAUUUAGAAAUAGUAGAUAUGUAAAUUACUAAUACUUAAUCAUAUAAUUCACCUAUUCUCUACUAUAAAUCUUUUGAUAAAGGAAAAUAAUAAUAGCUUGAAACAAUCCUUAUAAAUAACAUAUCAGUUAAAUCAAAUCUAUUACUAUUAUCCAAUUCAUAAUAUUAAACUGCAAUUAUCUUUAUAGAUUCAGUUCAAUAAACGAAUAUAGAUUUGUAAAAUAUUACUUUUUCCGAGAAUAUUUUGCACGAAUAUGUUUAAAAUAAUCUCUAAAUUUCUUCCUUACUCUUAAAUUUAAAUUGUAUAUAGGGUGUAAUCACUAUUAAGAAUUCUAACUUCCUUAAAAAUACAGUUUACAAUAGCACUGAUAAUUUAAUCUAUAUCAAAAGUCAAAAAUUGAUAUUAUAAAAUUGUACUUUUUAUUAGAAUAGCUAUUUUAACUAUUAAUUAAUCUAACCUUAUUUACUAUGGGGAUUUUUUGAAUCAGAAAAAGUAUCUUUUGAACAAAUGAAAUAACUUUUCAAAGUUAAAUCUACAUCAGGAGUAGCUUAAUUAUUAAUCCAAAAUCUUGAAAUUUAAUACUGCAAUUUUGAGCAAUCAGUAGGAUCUUCUGGUGGUGCAUUAUAAAUUAAGGCAUAAAAGAAUAGUCUUAUAACUAUUUAUCAAACUUAAUUUAAAAAUAUCUCUACAACCUUUUCGCAAGAAUUAGCAUUUGGAGGAGCAAUACAUUUAGAUAGUACUUCAGCAUAAUCUCUUGAAGUUAUUUUUUAACAAAUAUUUAUAGAAAAUAUAACAGCAAAAGAACAAGGAGGUUUUAUUUAUAUUUUAUCAAAUUCUGCAAGUGUUAAUAUCACAUUUCUUAAUUUUAAAAUUCGAAAUGUAUAUUCUAAGCUUGGAUCAAUAGUAUAUUUUACUUUUUCUUCUGCUUCUUCAAAUUAACAAUAUGUAAAUCUUAAUUAAUUUAUUAUUGAAAAUACGAAUGACGGUUUUACAAAUUACUUAAACAAAUAUACUUAACUUUCUAAAACAGAAGAAAUAGCAAUUACUAAUAAUAGAGCCUUAUUUUAUAUUGAUUCAGCUAUAAAUAUAAUCAUUGUAAAUAUUGAAAUUGAUAAUUUAAUUUUAGAAUCUGUAUUAUCAAUAAAUAAUGCUUAAAUGGUUUCAAUUCAAAAUUUUAAGAUAUCAAAUAGUUUAAUAAGUCAUGUAAUUUUUAGAUUGCGUCCAAAUCAAUGUAAAAUUUGUUAUAUAUUCUAGAUCUGACUAAUAAUAUAUAGAUCAGUGGUCUUACAAUAUCUAACAUUACUGUGGCAUUAUAGUUAAAGAUUUAUAAUUGUUUGUAAGAAAAUGAUAAAGAUUACACAGUAUAUUUUAAAUGUAUUCAAAAUGCCAAAAAUACAUAGGCACCUCUAAAUUUAUUUUCCUAAUAUGUUAAUUAAUAGGAUAAUUAUGGAGAAUGUUUGUUAUCCUAAAUCAAAUAAUAAAAUGGAAAGGUGAGUAAUUUAAUGAUUCAAAAAACAGAAUAGGGAUUGAUUUAAUUCUUAGAUCUUACAGAAUCAAGUUAAAUAAAGCUAAAUAAUCUACUAUUAACAUAAAUUACUUGUGAUUUCUGUUAGAAUGGAUUAUUAUUUUAUUCCUUUUUAAAGAUGGAAAACCUCUUAAUGAAAUAGUAUAUCUCUAAACUAAAAAUUACUAAUUCUUCAUGUGGAGUUUAUGGGUGCUUUUAUAUAAAAAAAGAAAAUUCAAAUACUAAUCGAAGAGCUCUCUCAAAUUAAGACAAAUAAUUAUAAUCUCUGAAUUUGGAAGUAUUUAUUGAUAAUUAUGUUUGUCAAUAUAAUCAAGCUCAAAAUGGAACUUGCUUAUUUGCUGAAAAUGUAAAAAUAUUGAUUGAAAAUUCAAUUUUUUAAUUUAAUAAUGCAUCUGGAACAGGAGGAGCUAUGAUUAUUAAACUGAAAUAAGAUGUUUUAAUUACUAAUAGUUUAAUAUAGCACAAUUCAGCCUAAACUGGAGGAGGAAUUAGUUUAUUUGAUUAACAAGACAUGGAUUAUUUUAAACUUGGAACUAUUAUUGAUAAUAACAAAGCUGAAUUUUUUGGAAAUGAUAAGGCUUCAUUACCUUAAAAAUUAACAAUUACAUUAAAAGAUGAAGAUUAUUAUUUUUAAACAAUAACAAUUUAAGAAACAGAAGAACUUGUGGUUUAAUAAGUUAUGGUUUCAUCUAGUGAAUUAAAUAAAUAAUAGUAUAUUUUAUUGCCAAGUGGUUAAAAGAUUUCACUAUAUGAGUAAUUUGAUAAAAUAAAUAAAACAUAUUAUCCAUUUAAUUAAAAGUUUAGAGUGAUUGCUUUGAGUAAGGAUAAUAGUGUAAUGAAAAAUCUAUAAAAUACAUAUUGUGAAAUUGAUAGUAGAAUUUUUAAUACUACAAAUUUAAAUGAUGAUAAUAUAUUUAGUAAUAAUCUUACAAAUAUAAAGAAUAUCAGUUUUAAUAUCUAAACUUAAGAUUAUAAUUUAGAUGAUCUGAUUGUAAAUUUUGAUAAUGCUUUGCCAAUUGAAAUUGUCUUAUAAUUACAAUUUAGAUGCAAUUCAAUAUUUAUUCCAAUUUUCAAUUAAUAAUAUCCAUAUAAUUUGAUAAGUUCACACUCUAACUAUAAAUUAAGAGUUAAUAUAAAGACAUUAGGUUGUUAAUAUGGAGAAAUUAAAAAUAAUACUGAUUAUUCAUGUAUUCCUUGCAAUAGUGAUUAAGGUCUAUUUUCUUUAAAUUUAAAUUCUGAAAAAUGUGAAUUAAAAGAUGAUGUAUCAACAAUAAAUGUUUAACCAGCAUUAUUAAAUUUAAAAUUUGGAUAUUGGAGACCAUAUUUUUAAAGUAGCAAAGUUAGUUAUUGUUUGAAUUUACCUGAAAAUUGUUUAGGAGGAUGGGAAGAGGGUGAUAAUUCUUGUUUUUUAGGACAUAUUGGAGCAUUAUGUGAAUAAUGUGAUUUAUAUAAUAUAAGAGGAGAUGGAUAUUAUUCUGUAAGUUCAACAUAUUCUUGUGGAUCAUGUUUAGAAAAGGAAAAAAAUGCACUAAUUAUAACUUUUGUGAGUAUUUGGUAUGUGUAUUAUUAAUAUUUUUAGGACUUUAAUAUCAAUAUUGGUUUCAGUUCAAAGUACUUUGAAAGCUAUUGAAGAAUUUGUGAGAAUUAUUAAUAUUAUGAUGUUAGGAUUAGCAGUUACAUAAAAUUCUAAUCAAUCUGCAAUAUUGAUAAAGAUGUUGACUAAUUACUUGUAAAUAAUUUCAUCAAUUUCUACAUUUUAAUUAAAGCUACCUACUGGACUUUAAAGUACAAUAAAUGCAGUAGGAUCCCCAAUUUAGACUAUGACUUAUUCAUUGGAUUGUUUUUUAUCUCAAAUUUUUUAAUUUUAGAUUUAAUAUUCUAGAAUGAUUUGGUAAGUUAUUAUGCCUUUUCUUUAUAUUACAUUCUUUUUAAUAUGUUAUUUACUGGCAGUUAAAUUUAAAAAUGUCACUUUUAAUAGAAGUGUUAUUACUACAACACUUAUUUAUAUGUACAUCUAUUUAUAACCAAGUUUAAUUGGAGGAUUUGUUUAACUUGUAUCAUAUAGAGAGAUUUCAGGAUAUAAAUGGAUUCAAUCUAAUGUUUCUUAUAGAUUUGAUACUGCUUAUCAUGAAAAAUGGAUGCUUGAAUUAUGUUUACCUAUGUUAUUAUUACUAGCGAUUAUUAUUCCGCUAUAUUUUUUUUAUGGUCUUUAUAGUAAUUCUCAUUAAUUAGAUGAUAAAAAAGUAAGACUUUAAUGGGGUUAUCUUUAUAAUGAAUACACUAAAACUGCUUACUUUUGGGAAGUUAUCAAAAUACUUUAAAAAGAAUUAAUGAUCAUUUUUUUAACAUAUUAUGAUGAUAAAGUUAUAAUUAAAGCUACAAUCAUUUCACUCAUUAUUGGAAUGUAUUUAGAAUUAAGUUUAAAAUAUAAACCUUAUAAUCUAAAUAAUCUUAAUAAAUUAGAUUAUUAUUCUACUAAUGUUUGUUUAGCUUCUAUUGCUUUAGCUAUUGGUAUAUAUAUAUCAGAAUAAUCUAAUUCAUAAGAAAUAUAAAUUCCUUAUGUAUUUAUCAUAUCAAUUUUGAAUCUUAAUAUGUUAUAUACUUUAAUAUCAAAGAUUCUAAUUGAAUAUUUGAAAGAAAAAAGUAGUGAUUUUGAUGAAAAAUUUGAUAAACUUCGUAAUUCAAUAAGAACUUCUUUCCCUUCUCUAAUUUAAAUACCUUUUAUGAAAAGAAUUUUAACAAACCGUCAUGAAUAACGUGAACGAGUUGCUAAAUUAUACCAUAAAUUAAAAUAAUUUUUAAUACCCUAAGCAAAAGAAAUAAUUGCGUUUAAAAAUUAUUAAUGGUAAAUAGCUAUGGAAAGACAAAUGGAACAAAAUAUUGAUUAAAUCCCUUUGAGUCUAAGAAGUCCAGACUAAGCUAAAGAAAGAUAAUAAUUUAUUCGAAAAUCUAUAAGAGAAAGUUCUUUAAAUUAUUCAAGAAAUACAAUAACUGCAUUUGUUUUGGAAAAAAUGUAUAUAUAAAAAUCAUAUGAAAAAUUUUAGGAAACAAAAAAGAGUUGAUGAAAUGGCUGAAAUUUUUGAAGUUAAAAAAUAAUAGUCUUCUAGAGUUACUCCAAUUGCAUAUAGUGAAAAAUUUAUCAAAGAAAUUCAAGAAGAAUGA